GCUGGAGCGAAGUGACCUUCCGAAAAUUCAAUAUUAUGUACUUUGUUGCUAUUAGUAGAUAGUUGAAAGCGGCGCGUGAUAUACGCCAAAUGCAUGGCAUUUGCGGGAAAAACGAAUUUUCUCACCUGUUAUGGGUGAAAUAGAUUUUUGGGAAUGAAUGCGAAAUGGGAAAAUUUUCGUUGAGUGAAAUUAUAGUUUUCAGUUCCAAGUGUCAAGGGUGAUUUCUGAGGUUAAUUGUUGCAAGUGGUGUUAUGGACAAGUAACUGUUGAGCAUGUAUUAAAGAAAAUUUAUUACUGGCGGCGCUAAGUUAUUAAUUGAUGCUAAAGAUACAAUCAGAAGAGGAAGCGAAUAAAUGAUUAGAUUACGUAAUUCUGACUGACUAUUCAGAACAGAUAAGUUAAAUUUGACUAAUGAAUGGUUUUGGAAACGUCACAGCCGAAGGGAUUACGGGAAUCGUUCGAAUUUGUGAAGAAGAAUUAAAAAACAUUGUUAAUAGCCAUUGAAGCCAGAAACUAGAAAAUCGGCCCAAAAAAUUUCCAUUUAUCCUAAAAAAUGUAGAUCUUUCGGGCAAUUAUUUCAAGAAGAGGAAUGGCUCCGCGGAGCAGAAAAUCACGCGACGCCGGCUGCUGCAGCGUCAAUUUCUUGAAAUGUGCGCUGCAAAUAUUCAACUUUUUGUGCCUGGUAUCCGGCCUAGCUGUUUUUGGAGUGGCUCUGUGGACUUUACUGAACGACCGCGAUAGUUUUAUUCUUGGUGCGUGUGCUGGUAGUGAGAUGAUGGCCAGGGUUCUAGCUUCUGCUGGCCUUUUGGCAUUCGUUGGCGGUUUCAUAGGCUGCUGUGCGGUUUGUAAAGAACACAGGGGAGGCAUCGUUUUUUGCACAUUUUUGUUAUUGCUAGUGUUUUUACUGCAAGCAACUGUAGGAAUUAUAAGUACUAUUUACAAAGAACAGGUGAGCGCUGAGCUAAAUGCAUCUUUGCCCACUACGUUCAUCGAAAAGUACCAAAUUGACGAAGCUCAAACUAAAGCCAUCGACUCAGUGCAGAGAGAGUUGAAAUGCUGUGGAGCUAAUAGUUUCGAAGAUUGGAGAAGAAGUGCAUGGUUGAUGCAUACGCCAUUAGAGAAGCGACUUGUACCAGAUUCAUGUUGUAAAACAGAAAUACCAAUGUGUGGGAAAAGUGACCAUCCCAGCAAUAUUCCUUAUACGGGUUGUAUACACAGUAUGACUGAUAGAUUGGAGCAUCAACUUUGGCUUUUAGGAGCAGUAGGCCUGGGAAUGUGCGCUUUGCCCGUAUUUGGAAUGAUAUUCAACUGUUGCCUUUAUAUAAAAUUGAAAGAUUUUAUUGACGAUUGAAAAAAAUUAUUUGAAAUUAUUUUAACGUACAAAUGAGGAGAAAUUUGCUUAUACCAAAGCUGAAUAUUGUAAAAAACAUUUAUUGUAU